AUGGGUAGCUCACCGCUGGCCCCUACACGACCUCUUUUGCGGCGCCAUGCUCGCCUGGUCCUGUUCACCAUCACCCUCGUCCUGCUCAUCCUUUUUCAUUCAUCAACCUUAACCUUCCUGUCUCCUGCGUUCUCUCAAUUCGACUCAUACGAGCUCAACCAUCGCUCCGAAAUCCUUUCCAAAUGUGCCUAUAUACGCGCCAAACCCGGGCCUCCACCCCAUUUCCAUGCACGAACACAGAGUGACCGCUACGCAGAAAACACAAAGCCUGUUCUCGUGCGUAACGCAACUAUCUGGACAGCCGCUAAUGAUGGGCACGAAGUCCUCACUGGCGACCUGCUCAUGCACCGCGGUCUUAUACAAGCCAUCGGCGAUGUUCCUCUUUCAAUGAUUCAGCAGCUCGAGUUGCAGAACAUGAACUUGGAGAUUGUCGAUGCUCAUGGAGCUUGUGUGACCCCUGGCAUUGUAGAUUUGCACUCUCAUAUUGGCGUCGGCAGUGCGCCCGAGCUAGAUGGUGCAGAUGACACGAACUCUUACAAGGCCCCCAUCUUGCCCUGGCUGCGUAGUAUCGACGCCCUCAACACCCAUGAUGCAUCAUACGAACUCGCUAUGGCUGGAGGCGUCACCACCGCACAAAUUCUCCCUGGCAGCGCGGAUAAUAUUGGCGGCCAGGCAUUUAUCAUGAAAUUACGUCCUACAGCUGAGCGCUCACCUUCUUCUAUGCUCCUUGAGCCUCCCUACACCCUCAAUGGCUCUCACUUUGACCACUCUCUCACGCCUCGCUGGCGACAUAUGAAACAUGCAUGCGGUGAAAACCCCUCCAGUGCCUAUGGCAUAACCCGCCUUGACUCUGGGUGGAACUUCCGCGCCGCCUACGACCACGCGAGAAAGUUGCGUGAUGUCCAAGACGAUUUCUGCACCAAAGCAGAGUCUCAUUCCUGGGACGACCUUGCGGGCAAGACGUUUCCUGAAGACCUGCAAUGGGAAUCCCUUGUCGAUGUGCUUCGUGGACGCGUGAAGCUUGCCGUGCACUGCUACGAAGCCGUUGAUCUUGACGGAAUCGUUCGUCUUACAAAUGAGUUCGAGUUUCCAGUAGCAUCGUUCCAUCAUGCUGGAGAAACGUACCUCGUUCCUGAGUUGUUGAAGAAGACGUGGGGAGGCACGCCUGCCAUAGCACUCUUUGCGUCCAACUUCCGGAAGAAACGUGAGGCAUAUCGAGGAUCGGAGUUCGCUCCGCGCAUACUGGCAGAGCACGGAAUUGAUGUUGUCAUAAAGUCUGACCACUCCGUUAUUAACUCCCGUUACCUGCUGCAUGAAGCCGCCCAAGCGCACUACUAUGGCUUGGACUCUGCACUCGCACUCCUCUCUGUCACCUAUACUCCUGCCAAGGCCAUGGGGAUGGGCCAUCGGAUCGGGAUGCUGAAACCAGGAUAUGAUGCGGAUAUUGUAUUUUGGUCCUCCCACCCGCUUUCGCUUGCUUCAACGCCUACCCAGGUUUACAUUGAUGGUAUCCCCCAACUCUCCCUUCACGGCUGCCAUGUCGCUAAAGGGCCCACCACGCCCCCACGCACCCCCAAUUUUGACUCUGAGAAGGUGGCAGCGGUCGUGUACGAGGGUAUCCCCCCUCUUGACCCUCGAAGCGUGAAAGGGGUGUUAUUCGUAAAUGUUUCGGGGCUUUAUAUAAGAGGUGGGGGCUCGAGUGGGGUGGUGCAUGUUUCUGAGCAGGUGGGAUCGGUGGGUGUUGAAGACGGUCGAGUGGUGUGUGUUGGUCAAUGCUGGGAUUUUGCAGAACGGGUUGUCGAUAUCGUGGAUCUUGAAGGUGGCACGAUCACACCUGGACUGACAAGCUUCGGUGCACCGCUGGGGCUCGUAGAGAUAAGGCUGGAGCCAAGUACGAACGACGGAAGUGUUUACAACCCUCUCAAUGGGGAUCUUCCCACCAUAUUGGGUGACACGAUCACGAGAGCACAAGACGGGCUCAUGUUUGAUGGUCAGAACUUGCUACUAGCUUAUCGCGGCGGUGUCACAACGGCCAUCACCGCGCCUUCUGGGACCUUCCUGCAGGGCGUAUCCACUGCAUUCUCUCCUGGAGCUGCGCAUGCCCGAGUGGAAAAUGCAAGCAUUGUCGAUCAAGUCGCAUUGCAUGUGAGUAUAAGCAUGUCUUCAAGCAUAGGUGUGAGUACGCAGGUAGCGGCACUUAGGAAAAUGUUGUAUGGGAAGGGUGGGGAUGAGGUGCUCGGGAGUGUUAGACAGGGUGAAACCAUGCUCGUUGUGGACGUUGAGAGCGCAGACAUAAUGGCGACAUUGCUCCGGCUCAAGGAUGAGUACGAGGCUCACUCCGAGAGGGAGCUUCGUAUGACCUUCGCGGGGGCAACUGAGUCUCAUCUUCUUGCGCACGAGAUUGCGAGGGCAGGUGUGAGCGUGAUCGUCACGCAGAGCAAGCCAUUCCCAUCGACUUGGGAGCAGCGGAGGAUACUCGCUGGCCCGCCGAUCACGCACGAAAGUCUAGUUACUGCGUUAUUAAAGGCUGGCGUCAAUGUGGCCAUUGGUGUUGUUGACGAGAACAACGUGCGGCAUACACGUUUCGAAGUCGGCUGGUCUCUCCUAACAUCCAAUGGCACUAUUGAUCGCACGACAGCUCUCGCACUCGCCACGACAAAUCUCGAGAAAGCGCUUGGAGUGCAGAGGGAGAUGCCUCAGGACCUUGUGGCAUACCGUGGUGGGGAUGUGUUUGAGUUCGAAGCCAAGGUGGUGGGGGUUAUAUCGGAGACAUUGGGGCGGACAGAUCUGUUUGUGUGA